GUCUAGGCGGACUUCCACAGCAUGGCUUCCUUCGGCCACUUCGAGCCGUUCACGGAGGAGGGAGACGAAGACUUCGAAUCUUAUGUGGAACGCUUUGAACACUACAUCCGUGCCACCAAGGUCAGCGACGACUUGAAGGUAUCUGCUUUUGUGACGGCCAUUGGAAAACAGACCUACCGCACGUUGAAGAAUUUGUUGGCCCCAGUGAAGCCCGAAGCCAAAACAUACGAUGAACUGGUCAGGGCUCUCAAAGGGCACUAUUCACUGAAGCCCUUGGUGAUAGCGGAAAGGUUCCGGUUCAACCGUAGGUCGCAGCAAGAAAACGAACCAGUUGCUACGUUUGCAUUAGAACUAAAAAGGUUGGCUGCAUCCUGUGAGUUCGGGCAAUUCCUGGAUGACGCUUUGCGGGAUCGGUUCGUGGCCGGUCUGAGAAAUGAAACAGCACAAGCUGAGCUCCUCAAGAAGAGUACCCUGACGUUCCAAGCUGCUUAUGACCUUGCCAAAAGCGGGGAACUCGCUCGCACCGAAACAAGGAAGAUUCAUCCUAAAGACCUCAGCGAGGUGAACUUGGUCCAGCAACCCCAACAAAGAAAACCCGAGGCCACCGCAUGGACAAGACGGGCAGCGAGCAAGAACACAUCCGAAUCAACUGACUGUUUCCGUUGCGGAUCAACGCAUACCGCCGCAACCUGCCCCUUUCGCAAAUAUUGAUGCCGGGCCUGCAAAAAGGUGGGACACCUGGCAAGGGUCUGCAG